AGCGCUCGGUGUGAACUAUGACCUUAAGAAUGUGUUCGUGUUGCACACGAAUUGGCUUCGGCAUCGUUAUCUGUCAAAGCCUCAUCACCCGAGAAUUUUCACUCAGAACGCCAUUCUAAACAGCGUCUUACCUUGGUUUUAGUUCAUACCAGCUUCUCAUAUUUUUAUACGAGGUUGAAUGCCACUUAAACUUCUGUUGAUCUUCCAAAAAGUUCUGACUCGGCGUUUGUGCAAUGUAUCAACAUCUUUCUGUAGAAUACCUUGAUUCUGAUGGUGAGGCUGAAUAGUGUGAUUUUCUCGGUUUUGAUUUUAGAAUCCAAUCUCUAUAAUGUCUAAAGGAAUAACAUUGUGUGGCCAACAAAUUGCCCAAGUUAUUGGUCAAAAAAUUAGAUCAGAUGUGGCUUAUUUAAAAUCAAACUUCAACAUUUCUCCCAAAUUGGUCGUUAUUGAAGUUGGUAAUCUACCUCAGUCAAAGUUGUACAUAAAGCAAAAAUCCAAAUUUGCAGAAAAGUAUGGCAUACUUUUGUCUCACAUGCGAUUUCCAUCACAUAUACCUGAGUCAGUGCUUUUAGAUUACGUUUAUAAGUUGAAUUCUGAUUCAUCAGUGCACGGUAUCACUUUACAACUACCGUUUGAUUCCGAUUCAAAUAUUAAUGUUACUAAUUCACUGAAUGCUGUUGCUACUCUCAAGGAUGUUGAAGGUCUAAAUGCUUAUAAUACAGCUGUAUUAAGUCGUGGGGAUAUACUAUGUCCUCACUGUGAAAACGUAAAACAACAGCAUGUUCAUAUACCUUGUACAGCAGCCGCAUGCUAUGCUUUUAUUCGUCAUGUUAAUUUUCCUAUAAUUGGUUCACGCUGUGUAAUCAUUGGUGGUGGUCGUCUUGUUGGAGCACCCACAGCGGACUUGUUGUCACGGUCGUGCGGUGCAACAGUUAUACAAUGUCAUAUACAGUCAAAUAAUAUUAACGAAGAAAUUAAGCGAGGUGAUGUUGUCAUCUCAGCAGUUGGACAUCCAAGAUUAAUAAAGGGUGAAUGGAUUAGACCGGGAGCAUUGGUAAUUGAUUGCGGCUAUUCUGUUCUGAAUGAUCCUCAAAAUCCAAACAAAUCACGAUGUGUCGGUGAUGUAGAAUUUGAAACAGCUAUAGAAAACGCAAAGUGGAUUACACCAGUUCCGGGUGGUGUUGGUCCAGUUUCAAUCGCUAUGUUAUUUCGUAAUACUGUGAAUAGUGCUAAAUGGUCUGUAGGAUUAAAUAAUUCCAUAUGUUCUUGUCCAAAUUAUUGUGAAAACGAUAUCCUAUUUAAAGAGCAUAUUGAUAGAAAAGUGUCUACAUAAAAAUGAUGAUAGCUGUCUUAGUUAAUCCAAUCAAUGGAUAUUGUUUUUUAGUUAAAUAUAUUCUGUACUUAUUCAAUUAUUUUGAAGAGAUUCUAAACCAUACAUUUAUUGUAAAUUGUUUCUACUACCUUAUAUUCAUUAGCGUUUUGCUAAUCGUAAUAUAGGCAAAAGCGAUAUUAAACUCUAUGUUACUUAUUUGUAUACUCAAUUAUUAUUACUUUUAAGUGAGUAUUUUAACUUCGUGCAAUUAGCAUCUUGUGAUGUAUAAUGUAAAAUAACCCAACUACAUAAUAAAACAUACAGUUCUUGUUGUUCAUAUGAAAUGAAAACAUCAUAUUUUAUGUAUAUCGGUUCAGUUUUCAUUAUGAAUUAUUUCUGUUAA